GCGGCGGGCAGCCCGGAUCAGGCCCCGCCCGGGGUCCUCGGGCGCUGGGGCUGCGCGCGGCGCGGGCUCGCAGGGAAGUCCCGAGACAAAGGAGCGGCCGUGUCCGCGUCCGCCUCGUCCGCCUCGCUCGCCGGGCCGCGGCCGCCCAGGGACGCUGCCAGAAUGUCAGGGAUCGCGCUCAGCAGACUUGCCCAGGAGAGGAAGGCGUGGAGAAAGGACCACCCCUUUGGCUUCGUGGCCGUUCCCACCAAAAACCCUGACGGUACCAUGAACCUCAUGAACUGGGAGUGCGCCAUUCCGGGGAAGAAAGGGACUCCGUGGGAAGGCGGCUUGUUCAAGCUUCGGAUGCUCUUCAAAGACGAUUACCCAUCCUCCCCACCGAAGUGUAAAUUUGAGCCGCCGCUCUUCCACCCGAAUGUGUACCCCUCAGGCACAGUGUGCCUGUCCAUCCUGGAAGAGGACAAGGACUGGAGGCCAGCCAUCACGAUCAAGCAGAUCCUCCUAGGGAUUCAGGAGCUGCUGAACGAACCAAAUAUCCAAGACCCCGCUCAAGCAGAGGCCUACACGAUUUACUGCCAAAACAGAGUGGAGUAUGAGAAGAGGGUUCGAGCACAGGCCAAGAAGUUCGCACCCUCCUAAGCAGCGCCUUGGCAGCAGCAAGGAAGGGAUUGGUUUGGCAGGAACUGGUUUACAACACUUGGCAAACCCACAUCGCUCUGUACAAUUCCUGGUCUGGGGGCGCCAUCCCCAUCUCCGCCACGCACCCUCCUCGCCCGGUUCACACACAGGGUCUCUUCCUUCCAUCUUUUGUAUUUUUGAUUGUUCUGUACAAUUCGCUUUUAUUUUAAUAUUGAUGUCAGUAUUUCCACUGCUGUAAGGUUAUAAACUUUCCUCGGGGGUGCGCGCGGACGCAGGCAUGCUCCCCAGGCAGGGCCAAGAGGGCUCCAGGCCCCAGAAGCCCACCCCCCACCCCUGCUCUUCUCUGCACAUCUGGGUUACGUUGCUUCCAGCCUCAGAUCCAAUCGCCAGCAUCUCCCUUCCGCAUCACUUCCUGUGUUUAUAUGGCGUUUUGUCUGUGUUGCUGUUUAGAGUAAAUAAACUGUUUAUAUAAAGGUUUUUGUUGCAUUCUUGUGUACAAGUGAGGAGGCCACGUGGCAUGGUGGUCCCCCUGCUGCCUGGCCCUCCCGGCUUCAGGGACAGACCUGUGUGUGGAAUCGGCACUGGCCCAGCUUCAGGGCUGCAGAAUGGAGACCCCACAGCGGGCAGACGGCAUUGGCACGGAGACUGCAGCCUGAGGGAGCAGAGACCUAGUGUCAUCCUCAGAGCCUAUUUUGCCGGCGGACAGACGGAUGGACUGAAGGACCGAAGGACGGACCUGCAGUGCCCCUUCAGGAGGUCCCACAGACGGACUGCUUGUCCUGCCCAGCCUCCCCUGGCCCGUCUCCGUCAUGAGUGGACCAGGUCUUGGUUGAGUCCAGAAGUAGCUUAGGGCAGAGGCCAGCUGCCCCUUCAGCACCAACCCGGACUGUUCAGCGGAACCUGGAGCCGCCCAUGCGGAGGACCGGCCCUUGGAACUGGUUGCACAGACCUUGGGGAGCGGGGAACUGGCCUUUUCCGGAUUAUGAGCAUGUUACCCUGGGGUGGGGAAGGCCACGGGGGGAAAGGCUCAGCGGUAGGUGUCUUGAAGCUCCCACAGGCCAGUGCCUUGUUUGCUCUUGCUGGACGGGUCUCCCAGCCGGGCUCACCGUGGAGCACACACCCACGCCCCAAAGCUGGUCCUGUUUUUUAGCACGUGGAGGUGAUUGGUGUUUUAACAACUUGUGACUUCGCUAAUGAAAUGUCAUUUUGUACCACGAUCCUUGGCCUCACAAAGAUGUGACUUGUAACCCAAGAAUUCUGAGAUGCGUUUGCUGUCUUUGGGGAGAGGGCUGUGCCCGGCAUGAGGCACCUAAGGGCAGGACGGAGCCACAUCUAGGACCCCCCCCCCCCAAUUAAAGCACUUCCAUCCUCUGC